AUGUUGAAAACCUAUUCUCCAUGGAGUCCCAGCAUUAAUGUUCCCUCUUACCUGAAGGAGCAUCAGUCUGUCACUGUAACCUGCUCAGCUUUCACUCCCUGUCCACACUCACCUCCUGAACUCACCUGGAAUCUCCAACAAGACUCUCUCAGACAAACAGAGAAAAACACAGAUGGAACCUUUACAACUAAAAUCCAGGAGAACAUCACUCUGUCAGACACACAUGAUGGAUACAACAUCAGCUGUUUUGCCAGAUAUCCUGUGAUUGGAGGAAACAAGACAUCAGAGACAGAAGUGACUCUCAGUGUUUCCUAUGCUCCUAGAAACACCUCAGCAUCCAUCAGUCCAUCAGGUUUGGUGUCAGCAGGUAGCUGGGUGGAGCUGAGCUGCUCCAGCAGAGCCAAACCUCCACCCAGCUUCACCUGGUUCAAGAAUAGUGAAUAUGGAAACAUUAAUGUAUCUGUGGGGAAGGUUUACAGCUUCAAUGUUACUGAUGGAGGAGAGUAUUACUGUGUGGCUACAAAUGAUCUGGGUAAUGAAACAUCAUCCAGGCUCUGUGUUGGAAUAAAAGGAUCUCCAUGGAGUCCCAUCAUUAAUAUUUCUGGUGGUGACCUGAAGGAGAAUCAGUCUGUCACUGUAACCUGCUCAGCUUUCACUCCCUGUCCACACUCACCUCCUGAACUCACCUGGAAUCUCCAACAAGACUCUCCCAGACAAACAGAGAAAAACACAGAUGGAACCUUUGCAACUAAAAUCCAGGAGAACAUCACUCUGUCAGACACACAUGAUGGAUACAACAUCAGAUGUUCUGCCAGAUAUCCUGUGAUUGGAGGAAACAAGACAGCAGAGACAGAAGUGACUCUCAGUGUUUCCUAUGCUCCUAAAGACACCUCAGCAUCCAUCAGUCCAUCAGCAGGUAGCUGGGUGGACCUGAGUUGCUCCAGCAGAGCCAAGCCUCCCAUUACCAGCUUCACCUGGUUUAAGAACAGUGCAGAAGGAGCCAUUAAGUUAUCUGAGGGCCAGGUUCAUAGAUUCAGUGCCAUAGAGGGAGGUGAAUAUUAUUGUAUGGCCAUAAAUGAUCAGGGAAAUCAAACAUGUCCAGUUAUCCUUGUUAUUGUCACUGGUUUGCCAUUUAACCCUCUUUAUUGGGGAAUCAUUCCAGUAGGAUGCAUUGUGUUCAUCUGUCUCUUUGCUGGUUUUUGGUACUUUAACUCCAAAUACCAAGCUCCCAAACUGACUGAGGGUCAAAAUAGUGAAGUCCAAAUGUCAGCCUCUAAACCAGAGCAACAAUUGCAUUAUGGAGAAAUAACAUUUUGCAGAAAGACACCUGAAACUUCCUCCAAACUGGUGCAGCACGAUGAACAGACUGUGUACGCGGAGGUAAAAUUGUCACAGUGAGGAAAUGAAAGAAUAACCUCUGAUGUGUGAUAGCAAACAUCUAAGUUUUGUCUAUGUCAGGGGAAAGAUUAUGAUAAAGAUGGAGAGCCUGUACCUCAAGACCUUGUCACCCUCCAAUGCGUAGGCUUCUGUCAGUUAUUAGGAAUGAAUGAAAUCGAUUGAAAGAUUUUCUAUGAUAUUUUGUAAUAUCUAUUGGAAUAACAACAAAAGUGACGAGAAAAAAAGAUUUAAUUUCAAUCUGCUUUGGUAAAAGACUAUGGCUGUGAGUGAAUGUCCCCGCAGUCAAAAGCUGCACAAUCUGGUUGUAAUGCAGAGCAAUAUUGCAAUGCCAAAACUAAAUAUAUCAGCACAGACACCUCAUGCCAAUAUAACCAUAAUCAAUUAAAUUAUACCUACAAAAGUUGUUCUUUUUCUCUGAGACGUUGAAUCUCUGAAUGCGCUUUGUUUAACAUGUACAGCUUUUCGGGUUAGGUUUUAUUUUUGCUGAUGAUCCAUGUGUUGUAUGCCAAUGCAUGUUUUUUAAUCAAACCUGUGGUUUUCUAGUAACAUUAGAAAACUUGAAGUGAUUAAAAAGAAAUCCUGUGAUUUUUCUAGGAACACUUGAAAAUCACUUCCCAUUUCUGUAGAGACUAGUGAAUAUUCACAAGUUGUGGUCACGUUGUGCUUUUGUAAAGGACAAUGCAUUAGUUCUCUGCAAUAUAAACAAGCUACAAGCUAAUAUUUUUUGUUCUAUCAGGAAGACUUGCCUUCCCUUUUCAGAGGUUCAGUGAAUGACACAUGAUUUCAAAACUCAGUAAACGCACAUAUAAGGAAGUAAAGUUUUUUUGUUUUAUUCUGAAGCUCAGAAAAUUAUUGUUUGCGAUAUGUUCACCUGUUGCCAGUAAAAUAAUUAGCACAUUUUUCCAGAAUUUAAACUUAUAUUACUCAGUUUGUGCUUUUCUCCUGUUUUUCCCUUGUAAAAUAACGUGCUUUAGCAUUCGUUGGGUAAGUGUGCCACUGUGUGUUUUUUAA